AUGGCUGGUCUAUUCAAGGUGUUCAAAAACAAGUGGAUCACUCCGCCAAAGGAAGUCCACGAGGACUAUAGUGGGAGAAACAUCAUCGUUACAGGAGCAACAUCCGGCGUUGGCAAAGAAGCAGUCUUCAAAUUUGCGAAACUGGGUGCUGCAAAAGUCAUCAUUGCGGCGCGAGAUGUAAAGAAAGGAGAGCUGACCAAGGCUUCUGUUGAAGCCAGGCUGGGCCGGAAGGGUCAGCUGCAGGUGUGGGAGCUGGAUAUGAUGUCCUACGACAGCGUUGAAGCAUUCGCCAGGCGUGCGACCGAUCUCGACCACAUCGACAUCGCUAUUCUCAAUGCUGGCGCUCGUCGAGCCCGAUACAACCAGUCGGUACAUGGCUGGGAAGAAGAUUUACAGGUCAACACCCUGUCUACAACGCUGCUGGCCAUUCUGCUUUUACCGAAGUUGAAACAGUCCAAACAACAUACUGGUAUCAUUCCAGUGCUUGAGUUUGUCAACUCUGGUCUUCAUCAAAAUGCUAUUGUCGCCCCAGAAGUCCGCCAAGAGCCUAAUCUGCUCAAUUACUUCAACCAGGAAGAGAAACACAAAGAGGGCAGCCAGUACAAGUUCUCCAAACUCUUCCUCAUGUAUGCAGCGAACAAGCUUGCUGAGGAGACAUGGUCUGGCGACGUCAUCAUAACCAGCAUAUGUCCAGGAAUGGUCAACAGCGACUUGGGACGGGAUCAUUUCUUCCCUGGCGUACAUAUUCUAGCCUUCUUUCUUAUUUUCCUGUUUAUGCGGUCGGUGUCGCAGGGGGCGAAUAUGGUAUUGAGUGGAACGACACAGGGGGAGAGAGCGCACGGGAGGUUUUGGCAACACGACAGAAUCCAACCCACUCCACCGAGUCUUGCAGGGCCGGACAUGAGAGAGGUUGGCAUGAGGAUAUGGCAGGAGAUUAUUGAUGCGUUGGAGAAGGAUGUUCCGGGUAUCAGGACAGCGGUGGACAUGGCAUUGUCGAAGCCACACAGCUGCGGCCGCUUCGUCGGCUGGAUGCCCAAAUUGCCUUUUCGCCGCAAGCCGUCCGCCCACGGCCCUGGAGCGCUUCUCCGCUUCCUUUUUCCCCGGACGCGAGCACGCGCGCGCUUUCACAUCGACAAACUUCGCCACGACACGCUCCCCUUGCUCAAGCACCGGGCCCAGUCACGUAUAUACACAUAUAUCCUUCAUCGACAGGCCCUUAAGCUAAAGGGAAAGCAAAGCAUUGCCCAGCGCCUGCGGGGCUACACUCGGAAACUAGGUGGUACCAGUUACCUUGAAGAUGCGGCAAGAGCACGGCGGCAGCAGAUAGCCAAGCGUACGGGAAAGAAAGAAUUGGACGAGACAGCCAUGACAUACCAAGAGAGCUAUGAGACACGGGAGCCGGGGUCCCGCAGGAGGAAGCUGGCCGGCUAUCUCAAGGCUGCGAACGAGAUCCGUCAGACGUAUACGUCGCAAUACACAUCCAACUGGAGCAGCAAGGAAGCACAGUAUGACUGCGACGACGACACCCCGGGUGCCUUUCCCGACGCGGCAAUCGUUAGGAGCGGCCGUGAGGAGAUGAUCUUGUUCCCCAGCUAUGCCCGGAGACAUGUCAAGAGGAAACCCGAAGCACAGCCGGGGACCGUACAGGACGUCGGAGGCCAAGGACGCGAUUCGCGGGACUCGACCGGUGCAGGCGACGCCGAAUUCUGGAAGCAACAGUGGAACAAUUAUGAGGAUGACAAUGCAGUUGUGGACGUCGACGUCCGUGGGUGGAUAUACUCGCCGCACAAGGGGCAGAUGUCGAGGAAACAGAGGUUAUUCAUCGGUCUCGCACGCCAACUUGUCGGCGUACAAGCACCACCUUCAUCUUUGAGCUCAUCUGCCAAUAGCAGCCGUAACACCAGCCCCCAACGUCAUGGUAUCCGCGAGCGAACCCACAUGCGUGACGCCCAACACGACGAAGCCAUCGCGGCUAGAGAAGCCGAAGAGAUCCUACGCAAGGGCGAGAGGGAGGCGAGAGCGGCUGCACGUGGCGCCUACAGCGAGAGACCUGCGCAAGACAACGAUGAUACCCAACUAUACCGAACAGAGAGCGGGAACAAUAUGCGGCCCAAUAACGCCAGGGCCCAUCAACUAGCUCACAGGACGUCGAAAGACUCCAUGCAGAGCGAUGAUGACAUCAAGCCACUUCAGAAGCGCGCAUCCUGGAAUCAACCGUCUGACAUGAGUCCAGCGGAACUUGCAGAAGCCAACGCUCGGCUGAUGGCUAGGUUGCGACACUUCCUGGCAAUACCCAUGGCCAAUACACCCAUCAGUGUCUUUCUCUAUAACGAGGACAUCUCGAAACAAAGGACCGUGUAUACUGAUGCCGCCGGUCACUUCAGCGUGAGCGUGGCUUUGGACUUUGUUCCCACCCAUGUUCGCAUUUUGGCAUCAGACAAGCUCUCGGCAACAGAGGAAGUCAUUAUUACAGCAUCACAAGGCAUCAGCGUCAUCAGUGAUAUCGACGACACAAUAAAACACUCGGCCAUUGGUAGCGGUGCCCGCGAAAUCUUCCGCAACGUCUUCAUUCGUGAUCUCGUCGACCUCACCAUUGACGGUGUCCGAGAAUGGUACAACAGGAUGGCGGAGAUGGGUGUCAAGUUUCACUACGUCUCGAAUUCACCCUGGCAGUUGUAUCCAGUCAUCUCCAAAUACUUUUCGCUAGCUGGGUUGCCACUAGGCUCGUUUCAUCUGAAGCAGUACAGUGGUAUGCUUCAAGGCAUCUUCGAGCCUGUUGCAGAGAGAAAAAAGGUCACUCUUGACAAGAUUGCACGAGACUUCCCGGAGCGUAAUUUCAUCUUGAUUGGAGAUAGUGGAGAGGCCGAUUUGGAGGUUUACACAGACUUUGUCCUCGAGAACCCUGGGCGAGUUGUUGCUGUUUUCAUUCGCGACGUUACCACGCCAAAAAGUCCCAGCUUUUUCGAUCCCUCGACCGGCUUUACACCAAACAAGCGCUUCUCAACGUCGUCUUCACCACAACGCACCGGAGGUGAAAACUCAAAUCCGUCAAGUAAGGCCCGACCGCCGUCUGAAGAGACGGACCCUGAGCUCAAAGCUGCAAUUGCGGCUUCGUUACGUGAUAUGAAUUCGGAUAACACUACGCGCUCGGAUUCAAUGUUUCCCCAAUUCGACCGAGAGCAAAGACCAAGACUUUCGGAAAGGAAAAUCUCCCCCAAAAGUGGUUCUCAGCAUGGUUCUUCCAAACUCAUAGAUUUAUCAUCUGAAGACGAGUUCGAUGAAUCGCCUAUGCUGAGGCGAUUCAAUACCGAUACCCAGGCUGAUAACGAGAGGCAUCGUGCCUCGGUCGCAUCCGCUGCCAGUACGAAGUCUGUUCCUCCACCUCCCAAAAAACCCGUCGCCUUACGGAGCCCGUCAAGCGACGCUACAUCUCUCAAUACGCUAUCCUCUACCAAGCCGCAGCCACCUAAACCUCGAAAACCUUCAAAUAUUGUCAAUCAACCAAGUCCGCUUGCACAACAAGAAAGCGCUCCAAGAAACCCAGGUUCAUCUACAUGGCCAAGGCCUCCCGUUGGUCCCAAACCAGCCAUGAGCUACCAGAGUCAGGCACCAGAAGACCAACAGUCAUACGCUGGCAUGGCCCGCGAUAAGCUGUGGUCUGUCUACAAUAAUAUGCCUGCAUUGAGGUCAACAGAGGAACCUAGCUUUAAUGCAUCUACCUUGGAAGUCUCGGGCGUCCGAAAAGCCCCACCUCCGCCCCCACCCCGCCGUGGAAACCGCGACACGGCUGCGAGUGCAGCUUCCUACAUGGGGUCCAAAGCAUCAUCAGCAUGGCAGCACGCACCCUCAAUGCCCUAUACCAGCCGUCCACAGAUUGCUUCUGCGCAAACAUCACAGCCAUUCUCUACUGCAACACCGCGCCAAGGCAUCAAUCGUAGCAGUACAGGCAGCACAUUGGGCGGUUCUACAAAUGAGCCCACCGGAACCAAGAAGGAACAACUUUGGCGUCAGAGAUGGGCGCAUGCCGAACGUGUUCUUCAGGAGCAAGGUGUGGUGUUGCGGUCGUGGAGGGUUGGAGAAGAUAUCAUGGACGAGGCAGAACACAUCAUCAAGGAGGCGGAGAAGAAGUUCAAGAAGGAUGAGCAGCAGAGCAAUGACCGGAGAAGAAGUGAGAAUGUCAGCAAUGACGUGAAGAGGAGCGGGAAUGAAUGGACUAUUAGACGGCAUUUGGAAGAGACCAAUUAUCAAGAUCACAAACAAUCAUCUAGCAGACGUAACGCGAAACCAAAUAUGCCAUCAAGCAAAGGCAAACCUACGGAUCCCAAGCUCAGGGAGAAAGUCAAGGAAGAGGUGAAGAACGAGACGAACAAGGACGGUGGUGGAAAGGGACAAUGGAGUGCUUGGAAGGCGAGCAAAUUAUCCAAAGAGUACGAGAAGAAGGGUGGCGGGUAUGAAAAUGAGGCUGGAAGUAAGAAUGAACCCAAGAAGGGAGCGCCGAAGAAGAAGGCCGAGGGAAAGAAGAAGGCUGAGGAGAAGGAGGUAGAAGAGGGAAAGGCUGGGGAGAAAGAAGAAGACAAGAAUGAGGCGAAGGACGAUAAAAAUAAUGAGGACAAGGUAGACGCGAAGGAGCUUCAAACUGCGGAUGCGAAUAAAAAGGACGAAGCAAAGGAGGAGAAAGCAGAUGCAAAGGAAUCUUCGACCAAGGAAAAGCCGAAGAAAGAUACAGCAAAGAAAGAGGCGCCAAAGAAGAAAGGACAGGGGAAGAAGACUGCGAAGGAUGACAAAGAGGAAAGUAACGCAGACACUAAGGAGGCAUCUGCCAAAGCGGACAAGAUCGAUGCUGAAGACGAGAAAGACAACAAAGAGGACGUUUCUAAUGAAAAGGAGGAGGAGAAGGAGGAAGCGCCGCCGAGUGCGCAGAAACCGAAAGCCGAUGCUGCGACGAAGAAAAGCGAGUCUAAAGCCGGUGCAAAGAGUAAAGCAAAGAAGGGCGAGACAAAGGCAAAGGAGAGGGCCGAGGGAACGAGGAAAUCGUCAAGGGUUGCUGGAAAGAGAAAGACGUAUGACGAUGAUGAAGAUGACGACGAGGAAGACAAGCCGGCGAAGAAGACGAAGAAGACCAAGGCAUGAGGGUGAAGAAAGUGUUACACGUUAUUGUUCAACUGUUUUGGUCUAAUUGGGUGAUUUUGGAGUGCAACAUGUUUGGAAUUGAUAUGGAGCUGGAGCUGGAGCUCGUUCACUAGGUGUAUUCUCACAUUCUCACAUAGUAGGUAUACAAGGACGAAAGGGAGGUUUGUAGUUUAGUGUCUGGGUUUGUAGCUUUUCGCAGUAAUUCUUUCCACGCUUUCCUCUUUUGCA